CCCAGAGUCUCGCAGGGAGUCCAUCGAAUCUACAGGCAUCAUCUGCAUCACGCCACACCGACAGCGCUCGCCUUGUGCCCCCGUCUCUGCCGCCAGUCCUCCUUCUCCCGCCGCCAUUCAAACUUGACGCCUCUCUCUCUCUCUCUGCAUUUGAAGUCCGCCGCCUUUCCUUUCCCCCCCAUUCUCCCAAUCCCUCUCAGUCCCUCCGGCGAUCGCGCGCCCGACCUUCACCCACGGGGCGCCCACGAUGAGUCGCCAGCAGCCUCAGCAGCAGCCCCAGGUCCAGCCUUGCAGAUACAAGGUCGGAAAGACUCUGGGCGCGGGCUCGUACUCGGUCGUCAAGGAAUGCGUCCACAUCGACACCGGCCGCUAUUAUGCCGCCAAAGUCAUCAACAAGCGACUGAUGGCGGGGCGAGAACACAUGGUCCGCAAUGAAAUCGCCGUGCUCAAAAAGGUCUCCAUGGGCCACCAGAACAUCCUGACGCUGGUCGACUACUUCGAGACAAUGAACAACCUCUACCUCGUCACGGACCUGGCCCUCGGCGGCGAGCUCUUCGACCGCAUCUGCCGCAAGGGCUCCUACUACGAAUCCGACGCGGCCGACCUCAUCCGCGCGACGCUCUCGGCCGUCGCAUACCUGCACGACCACGGCAUCGUCCACCGCGACCUCAAGCCCGAGAACCUGCUCUUCCGCACGCCCGAGGACAACGCCGACCUGCUCAUUGCCGACUUUGGCCUCUCGCGCAUCAUGGACGAGGAGCAGUUCCACGUGCUGACCACCACCUGCGGCACCCCCGGCUACAUGGCCCCCGAGAUCUUCAAGAAGACGGGCCACGGCAAGCCCGUCGACCUCUGGGCCAUUGGCGUCAUCACCUACUUCCUGCUCUGCGGCUACACCCCCUUCGACCGCGACUCCGACUUUGAGGAGAUGCAGGCCAUCCUCAACGCCGAUUAUAGCUUCACCCCCGUCGAGUACUGGCGCGGCGUCUCCUCCUCCGCAAAGGACUUCAUCCGCCGCUGCCUCACCAUCGACCAGGACAAGCGCAUCACCGCCCACGAGGCCCUGCAGCACGCCUUCGUCGCCGGCCUCGCGCCCUCGGACGGCGCCGGCGAGAACCUGCUGCCCACCAUCAAGAAGAACUUCAACGCCCGGCGCACCCUGCACGCCGCCAUCGACACCGUCCGCGCCAUCAACAAGCUCCGCGAGGCCCAGAACCUCCUCAUGGACGGCGCCCGCUCUCAAGAGCCCGCGCGCAGCCGGGGAGCAGGAGGCGCUGGUAUCUGGACAUCGCCUUCUCCCAGCUCUCAUCCCUCAUGA